AAAAAAAGAAUGACGUUGGUAAUAUAAAUAUUAUGAGUGAUAUGACUGAUUUAAUGAAAUGUAAAGAUAAAAUUGUUAUUGUUUUAAAUUUAAAUUUUUCACCAUUAUAUUGAAACAUAAUGGAGGCCGUACCAAAGUUAGCAUUAAUGUGUUUUGAACUUAAAAUUAGUCCAGAGAAUACGCACUUUGCUCCCAAAUUAAAACAAUAUAUAGCGGAGGCUUAUCACGAAGAUCCAGAUAGCUAUGGAAAUGAGAUACAUCAACUGGAAGGUUUGCGAUCAGCGGCUGUACGACCCACAAAUGAUGGUGCGGGGAUGAAAGCGUUACGCAAAUACUUCAGUCAGCUCCGAGCGAUACAGAGCAGGUUUCCCAUGGGUAAGGGACAACCUGCCGCCUGCUCUUUUACAUGGAAGGACUUGUAUGCAAAUAUGAAUUGUACCAUGAGUGAUAUAAAGUUUGAGAUGGCUUGCAUACUGUACAACAUAGGAGCUCUUCACAGCCAGCUGGGCUCGCUGGAAGGUCGCACGUCAGCCGACAGUCUCAAGGUGGCCUGUCAGCACUACCAGCACGCGGCCUGGGCCUUCCUUCAAGUGAGGGAGCAGUACCCUCAGCCGCCCGGUGCAGAUGUUUCAUGUGAAAUACUCAAGUUGUUUAAAGAGAUAUGUUUUGCUCAAGCUCAGGAAUGCAUAUUAGAUAAAAGCAUUCAGGAUACACGGAAGUCCAAUGUUAUUGGUUCGGUGGCUACUCAGGUGCUACUAUAUUACAAGAACUCGCUGGCAAUACUGGGCCCCUCAACCGGCACCGACAACAUUCAUGAGAUUGUUGGCACAAAGCAGUACAACAACAUACACAGAUAUCUUUCCUUCAAGACAUAUUAUAUUAGCUGCUUUAUUUCUUUGUAUCAAGGUAUGUGUGCAGAAGAACAACAAAAAAUGGGUGAACGUGUGGGAUACUAUCAACAUGCCCACGAACAAUUGGCAGAGGCGAAGAAACUGGCGAAGUAUAUAGAGCCCGUCCAGCUGACACAGGACGCCCUGACGUUCACCGGCGACGUGGUGGAAGGCAAGAGGAAGGCGGCCAAGAACGAGAACGAGUUUAUAUAUCACGAGGAGGUGCCCGAGAAGGACUUGUUGCUGGAACCGAAGCCCGUGUGCCUCGUCCAAGCGGCGCCCAUUGAUUUUAAUGAUUCUGAGGCGGGGCCAGACUUGUUCGCGCGGCUGGUGCCUCUGGGCGCGCACGAGGCGGCCUCGCUCUACUCCGAGGAGAAAGCCAAACUGCUGCGUCACGUGGUCGCUCAGGUCGAGGCGAAGGACGCGGAGCUCGUUCAAUUCAUGUCCUCCUUGCAACUGGACCAACUCGACAUCCUGGAUGAGGAGCAAAAGAUACCACAGGAGAUAGUGGACAGGUGUGCGGCUAUGAACGCGAAGACCGACGUCAUUCAGACGCUGGUAGAUUCAAUGAACGGGCUGGCCGAGGUGAUCACCGACGUGGAGCACCUGCUGGCCGAGAUCAGGGAGGGUAUACAGGAAGAGGCGGCCCUGGAGAGGCAGUACCAGCAGGCGACGGGUCCUCGGCCGCCGUCGCUGGUGCAGACGGAGCUGGCCCGCGAGCUGCACAAGUACGGGGAGGCGCACGCUCGCACCUCGGACAGCAACCUCGUGCUGCACAAGGCGUGCGCGCUGCACCUGGCCAACCUGCGCCUGCUGGCCCGCCCGCUGCAGGAGUUGGCCGCGCACAUCCCCGGCCUGGACCACGUCGAGGGCCUGGACCGCAGCACCAUGCGCGAGACGCGGCGCGUGGCCGACAAGGCGCGCGAGAUGCAGACGCAGCGCGCCGCCCUGCUGGCGGAGCUGCGGCGCGAGCUCCGGGACGAUGACGUCACGCGCGCGCUGCUGGCGGAGCCCGACGCGCCGCGCGACCGUCUGUUCCGCGACCACCUGGAGCGACACACGCCGCGGGUGAAGGUUAUAGAGCAAAACCUGGCGGCGCAGGAGAACAUCAUCAACCGGCUGACGACGCUUUACGCCGCGUACGGAGACUCGCGCCGCCUGCUGACCGACGUGCUACGCAAGCGAGACGCCGUCAUCAACGCUCUGAUAACGUCGUACGACACGCACGAGGAGCUGGUCGCCAAGACCAGCAAAGGGCUCGAGUUCUACCGCAAGCUUGCGCACAACCUGGGCGCACUGCGGGACCGGCUGCGGGCGGCUUGCACGCUGCAGCGAGAGGAGCGCGAGCGUAUCAUGGCGGUCGAUAAAGGCUCAUCAGUCAGCUCGGAGACCGUGCGGCCUCACUCGCAGGCACCUUCAACGCAAACAGUGACCCCGGCGAAUGUUGCGCCCAAACUAAAGGACUACCUCCCCUACAUGAAGAACAGAAACCUCUCCAAGAACGUACCGCAGCAAGCCUCGACGGAGCCGAGCGCGGAGUGUUACCCCGAGCACGUGUACCCCACGUCGGCCCGCCCGCCACCGGUCGGCUCCGAAGCGACGGAGCCCGCGCGAAGCAGCUUCGACGGAGUGACUUCUCCCGCGGCCUUCCCAAAUGCGUAUGUACCGCCUUCGUCCCGCGCGCCGGCCUAUACGGACACUUCGAACCAAUACGACUACUCCGUGAAGCCUUUCAACUCACCCCAGGAGACACCAACCUACGGCUACGCUGCCGUUCCUCAGUACCCGGCGGCCGGCGUGCCCGAGCUGGGCGCGGGGCUCGCGCAGCUGCAGCUGGCCCCGGACGGGCCCUACGCGCACACGUACUUCAGCGGCCAGCCCCCGGCGCCGGCCGCCUGCCGCCACACGCACACGUACAGCCGCGCGCCGCACGCCGCGCACACCGCCAGCUCCAGUGCCGGCGCCCCUUAUGACUCAUAUGGAGCUGCGGGUGCAGACAUGACUUCGAUACCGAGUGUCGCCAAUUCCUACGAGAUUAAUCCACGGUACUCCGAGGGCGUCGGGUAUGACGUUACCCCGCAAGGUUUCAUACUCGCCAGCGGGGAGAGUUCCACGACUUUGGUCUCCGACGCCAGUUCCGGUCACUACGGGAUCCCCGCGAACACUGCCUACGUGGACCCGUCGCUGGCUCGGCUGGACGCGAUUGACAAGCCGAUCAAAUCGCACACGAAGGGCGAGGCGCUGAGCUCGUAUUACGGAUACGGCGGAGGAGCCGUGUACCAGCCGGAGCGGCACCCCCAGGGCUACGUGCAGUCGUACCAGAACCACCCCGGGUACAUGUUCAACAGCGCCACCGGCAGCUACGACUACGACUACGGCUCGCACAACUCGCAGGCGGGCACCGCGCAGGCCGCGGCCUGGUCCGCCGGCCUCUACACCAGCGCGGGCACCUAUGACACCGUUCAAUCCGCGGCGCCGACCUUCCGACCGCCGGACAGUUCUUUCUCAGACACCGGGUAUUCCAACACGCUUGCCCCUGUCCCUGAACAGUCGUCGAACUAUACCGACAGAAUUGAGCACUCAGGUGCCCCACAACAAUUUUCAGGAUAUCAUCCCGGAGCUGUGGUAUCUGACGCAUUUGCUCCGGCUUCCCAAAUACCCACGAACUAUUAUUCCAGUAACGAACAACCUAGUGUACUCAGUCAAGAAUCCGCUCCCGUCUCUAUUUCCCAAAUACCCACGAACUAUUAUGCCAGUAACGAGCAACCUAGUGUACUCAGUCAAGAAUCCGCUCCCGUCUCUAUGUCCCAAAUACCCACGAACUAUUAUGCCAGUAACGAGCAACCUAGUGUACUCAGUCAAGAAUCCGCUCCCGUCUCUAUGUCCCAAAUACCAACGAACUAUUAUGCCAGUAACGAACAAGCUAGUGUACUCAGUCAAGAAUCCGCUCCCGUCUCUAUUUCCCAAAUACCCACGAACUAUUAUGCCAGUAACGAGCAACCUAGUGUACUCAGUCAAGAAUCCGCUCCCGUCUCUAUGUCCCAAAUACCCACGAACUAUUAUGCCAGUAACGAGCAACCUAGUGUACUCAGUCAAGAAUCCGCUCCCGUCUCUAUGUCCCAAAUACCAACGAACUAUUAUGCCAGUAACGAACAAGCUAGUGUACUCAGUCAAGAAUCCGCUCCCGUCUCUAUUUCCCAAAUACCCACGAACUAUUAUGCCAGUAACGAGCAACCUAGUGUACUCAGUCAAGAAUCCGCUCCCGUCUCUAUGUCCCAAAUACCAACGAACUAUUAUGCCAGUAACGAACAAGCUAGUGUACUCAGUCAAGAAUCCGCUCCCGUCUCUAUGUCCCAAAUACCAACGAACUAUUAUGCCAGUAACGAACAAGCUAGUGUACUCAGUCAAGAAUCCGCUCCCGUCUCUAUUUCCCAAAUACCCACGAACUAUUAUGCCAGCAACGAGCAAACUAGUGUGCUCAGUCAAGAAUCCGCUCCCGUCUCUAUUACCCCAAUGACCCUCGGCUAUGAGUCUAAUCCAGAGCACGCAGUCGCCCCCGGCCACAGCAGCAACACGGCUCCCCACUCCGUGCCCGUCAGCGCUGGCUCGCAGCCGGCCGAACAAGUUUCUGUGUCCAGUGAAAACCCUAAAGAACUUAGCGCCAUGAAAACCAAUAACGAUGCAGAUGUGCCAUCUUCAAGAGAGACUCGAGGUGAACCAUCUUCGAAAGAAACUCGAGAUGAACCGACAGCGUUCGAUCUGCUCGCCGACAUCGACUUUACAAUCGAACAGAAGCCGCUGACGCCGGAAAUCAAAGUGCCUCCGAUGGCCGAGAAAAAUGUGGCGCGAAGUUCCGUGAUGGCGGCGCGCGCACUCUCUACCCCCGCUCCCAUCCCGCCGGUGGCGCGCCCGCCCCGUGUCGACAUCUUCUCCGACCCUGCUCUUCUCAACCGGUUCACUCAGGAGGUCCACAACCUGAAGACCUUGGUCGAGACACUCGGUCGAGAGACCCCAAGCGGCUUGACACCGUUGGACUCCAAGUGGAAAGCUCUGCAAGAGCUCUGUGCGAAAGAGAAUGCACGCAAGUCGACUGAGGUGGCGCGGCGACACUCGAGCAUUCGGACGACAGAUGUCGUGCCGUUUGACGACCACAGGCUCACGCUCGACUCGGACCCCGACGCGUACAUCAAUGCGUCUCACUACAAGCAAUUAGGUCCAUGGUGCAUACCCUUGGUGAUAUCGGAGGUGCCUGAGGAGAACGAAGACGGUCUGUUCUGGAAGGCGAUGCUGGAGAACAAAAUGAACUGCGUGGUCUGCCUGAUGAGCGAGGUUGAGACGGCGGGGCGAUGCCGCUUGCCCGGCGCGGUCGGCCAGAGUGUCACGGCACGCGGCGGUGACGUGCGCAUCACGCUGCAGCACGUGACGCGCGCCGCUCACUGGACGUGCCGCACUCUGGCGCUCGAGCGCGGCACGCGGCGGCACUCGCUGCAGCACUUCCAGAUCCACGUGUACCCCGACAAGGUAAUGUGCGCGCCGCUGCUGCUGCUGAGCGACGCGGUGUUGCGCACGCAGCGCGCGGCGGGCGGCGGCGCGUGCGUGACCUGCGGUGAGGGCGCGGGCCGGAGCGGCGUGCUGGCGCUGCUGCUGCUGCUGGUGUGCCAGCUGCGAGCCGGCGACGUGCGUCUGUGCGAGACCCUGGAGCGUGGUGCGGCGGCGCUGUGCGGCGGUCGCCGCGGCGUGCUGGGCAGCGCGCGCCACCUGGCGGACGCGUACCGAGCCGCGCUCUUCUUUGCACAGGGGGUGCUGUGUUCCGAUGAUAUGAAAAAAUUUGGUACAGCCAAUAAUCAGACAGAUGCAUUACGCAUUCAAGAAGAUUUAUAUAGACUGGAUGAGUAUUAUACCGUGUACAAAUAAGACCUGAAUGUAUCCAAAUGUUUCUGCUUGCAUUACACUAACAAGCCUACCCCUUCCUCUCAUACGUAUAUUUUAAAAUAGGAACGUCUGUCUGUGGAAAGCUAGACAAGAGAAUUAGGCAUUGUCCACGAUAGCAAAAUUACUUUCGUACCACAUGUUGAUCAGGCUAUUAAUAAAGCGUCUUAAGCACUUGGUUUUAGAAUUCGUACAGCCAAACCUUUCAAAAGAAUGAAAACGUCAAAAAUCUCUACUGUUCUUUCGUCCGCAGCCACCUUGAAAAACACUAAGAAGUUUGAUUGACUAUUCCAUUUUACUGACCAAAGACUGUCUGGCAGCCCCUUGUAGAAUGUUAUGACAACAGCCUAUUUUUGCUGUACCAUUCUGUUGCAGUAACUAUAGAAGAAAUACAUCUAUUUAACUAACAGCUAUGCAGUCAUACAAUCAUUUUUGUGACACGGAUAAUCUUAUCUUUUUAGCUCCAGUAUAAAUUCAAUUAGAGCCCAUUUGGUGAAACAAUUUUGCAGAGAUUAACAUUAGAUGUGAAAUUAUCCUUUUUUUAUCUUGCAUGCAACUGGCGAUGGGAGUGCGAGAAGUUUUAUUUUAUUUAAUAAUUUUUAAACUUAUUUGUGUUGUUUGCUUAAUUAAUAUGACACGUAAUAAUUUUAUACUUGUUACUACUUAACACUACUGUUAAUUAGGUAGGUACAACAAGUAUCAUCUUAUUAGUACAUACUUGUGAUUAAAAUUUUAGUUUAAUUGUCUUUGAUUUUAAUAAAUAUCACUGUUAAACAUCCAGGUACGACCCAGUUUAACGGAGAGGCGGUGUCGGGGCCGGCCGCCCCGUUCGUCUCCGCCGACCCGAGCGGCGCGGGGGGCGCGGGCCGCACCUCGCGAGAGACCUUCGAGGAGAUGCGGCAGAGCGCCGGGC